AUGGUCAAGCCUUCCACCAUCAUCCCAGCCUCCUGCCUCGUCGCUUCCAUCACCUGGGAGAUACAGGAGAAGGUACGAACCGCCACUGUGGACCAGCCAGCUCCCAGUUCCUGUCCCCCUGACCGCCUGUUUGUCCCGUCACACCUCCGUUCAGACGUGCUCCAGUGGGGCCAUGCUUCCCGGCUCACCUGCCAUCCCGGCAUCCAGAGGACCCGGGACUUCCUGCGACGGCGCUUCUGGUGGCCAUCACUGGAAUGUCCGGGGCUUUGUCAACGCCUGUCCUGUAACCAGAAUAAGACCUCUCACCGCCCACAUGCCGGCUUCCUGCACCCCUUGCCCAUCCCCCAUCGUCCCUGGUCGCAUAUCUCUCUGGACUUUGUAACUGGUUGGCCUGCAUCCAAGGGCCACACCGUCGUCCUCACCCUUUCUCAGCAGAAAUGCAUCAUGAUCUUUGCUUUGGUCUGCUGCUUCGCCGUCCUGGUGGCACUCAUCUUCUCAGCCGUGGACAUCUGGGGUGAAGACGAGGACGGCAUCACAGAGGAAAACUGCAGCAGGACCUGCAGGGUCGUCCUGGUGGAAAACAUCCCGGAGGACGUGUCCUUCCCCCCCAGCGGCCCUACCUACCUGCCCCUCACGGCGGGGCUCCAUGACCUGCUGGACCGCGCCAUGCGCUCGCUGGAAAUCGUCUCCCCCGUCUGGCUGCUCAACUCCUCAGACUACGAGGCCAGCUCCCAGCGGGCGUCCCUGCAGGGCAGGGCUCUGCUGACCAGGCUACAGGGACUGAAGGCCAGGGGUGUCCAGCUGAAGAUCUCCAGCGAGGACACAGACUCAACUGAACUCAGCAUGCUGGCCAGACUUGGUGCUGAUAUCCACUAUUUGAACACCACAGCUCUGAUCAGAGGUCAGCUCCAUGCCUCCUUCUGGGUGGUGGACAGGAAGCACCUGUACUUCGGCAGCGCUACAAUGAACUGGAGAUCCCUGGCUACGAGGAAGGAGCUGGGAGUGUUGGUGUACGACUGCAGCUGUCUGGCUCUGGACCUGCACAAGGUGUUCAGCCUGUACUGGGGCCUCCAGUACAAAGACUUCAUCCCCUCCUUCUGGUCAAAGCGGGUGUUUGCGCUCUACAACCGGGACUCUCCUCUGGAGCUGACCCUGAACAGCACUAAAGCUCAGGCCUACAUCUCGACCUCCCCCAGCCUGCUGAUCCCCAGGGACCGCAGCAGCGACCUGGAGGCCAUCAGCCGGGUCAUACAGGAGGCACACAGCUUCCUCUACAUCUCCAUCACUGACUACCUGCCCCUGCUGAAGAGCGGAGCCCACAGGUACUGGUCUCGCAUCGACGGUCUGAUCCGCGACGCCCUGAUCCUGCGGCGGGUGCGGGUCCACAUGCUGGUCAGCUGCUGGGAGCACACCAACCCUCUAACCUUCAACUUCAUCUGGUCCCUCCGUAGCCUCUGCAUGGAGCAGAGCAACUGCUCCUUGGAGGCCAGGUUCUUCAGCCCGAGGGAACAGAGGGACGGCAGUUUGCAACGAAUCAACCACAACAGGUUCAUGGUGACAGAUUCAGCAGUGUAUUUAGGUAACCUGGACUGGGUGGGGAACGAGUUCACCUUCAACGCAGGGGCCGGCCUGGUGAUCAUCCAGCAGGAGGGGGUGGACCAGAGGAACUCCACGGUGGUGGAGCAGCUAAGAGAUGCCUUCGAGAGGGACUGGUCCUCCCGCUACACGCACUCCCUGCAGCCCGACCUGCUGCCCGUCUGCAACCGGCACAAGGCCAGCCGGCUUGUGCCGCUCAAAGGAGCCCGACCUCCCCACAGCUCUACUGUCCCGCUGGCAGGAAGUCCACCACGCCACCUCCCAGCACCCAUCCAAACCCCUUCCUGCAACAGUGAAUUUCACCAUAGCAACAAGCAGGAACCUAGCAGAGGGAGCAGGGGCCCCCCGGACAACGGGCCGGCGUCCACCACAGCUGGCCCCAUGGAGGAGGGCAGAGCCACGCUGACGCAACCGGAGGACAGACAGGUGUACGUCAAAGUCAGUCACUCUGACAGUCCAAUGGGAUCUCUGCUGCCUAGCCAGCCAAUAGAAAGCAGUGGAGGCAGAGAGCUACAGAGCGGGCCCCUGUGGCCCCCUGGUACUGAUGUCUAAUGAUGCUGGGAGCCCUGCAGUCGGCACGAUGGUAGGAUGACCCUGGGACACCAUGUCAGGAUUUAUUAGUACAGAAUAACACAGACCUCAACGCUCUUCACCACAACGAGCUCAUAUGAUGAGAGCUUCCUUGAUGAGAUGGGAACUUUCUGCUAUACCAAUUCCUUAAUCAUUGUUUUGUGUGUCCUUUGUGAGCAAUCACCUGCUAUGCUUUAGCUCAUUUAGCUAAUCACAAAACAACGAGUGUCUCUUGAAUUUGGGCCGUGCACUUCCCUUCAGACAGUGAUUGAUUGACCGCUGGGUCGCCAAGAUACCCUGGAGAACAAUGACCAACAUGCAGAAAUCUCAAGAAACUAGAAGUGAAAUCUUAGGACAUCCCAAUGGGCUCAAAUGACAAAAACCUUUGUCUGAAUCUAGUAGCUAAACCCACUCUGUAUUCAAAGAGUACGAUCACUGACUUACAAUGUAUCCGAACAUGAAACACCUAGUAAGUAAAAGUAAGUAAAAUGUAUUUAUAAAAGCACAUUUAUAACAGUCUGCACUGACCAAAGUGCUGUACAUAGUGCAUUCAGAAGGCAAAAUAACAACAUUAGAAUACAAUAAAAAUAAAAGACAUGAAACCGGACAUCCACACACAACAAAGGCAGUUGUGCAGAGGACAGAUAGUUAAUGGGGAGGGAAGGCAAGGUUAUACAGAUUGGUUUUGAGCCUUGAUUUAAAAAGCAUAAAUGGAGGGGGCAUCACGUAUGUCGGGUGGCAGUUGGGAACGCGGAGCAGCUACAGCGAAGGCCCGGCCACCUUUUUGUUUCAGUCUGGAGCGGGGGAUGUGUAGAAGUCCCUUAUUAGAGGAUCUUAGGGACCUAGUGGCUGAGUGGGGGUGUAAAAGGUCUGAUAUAUAAGAUGGGGCCUGACCAUUGAUGGCUUUGAACAGCAUAAGAACAGUCUUAAACCUGAUAGUAAUGGACAGAUAACUGUUGGUCCAAUGCAUUGGCAGAGUGCAUCCAUCUCCAGGCCAGCAGUCAGAGCAGAGUGACAUUAAGGCUGUGCCAUUAGAUGGCUCUAUGGCGUACUGGUCCCUGCUAGAACUGGUCUGCUGUUGACCGGACUUUGGACAGGAGGGCCGUCAUGGAAAACUUUCACCGCUCAAACAAUUUCCCUAACCUCAUGUGAGAGCCAGUGACACACACUGGUUCAACCCAUGGAUGGUAUGUUACGUGCUACACACAUUAAUAAUGAGAUGCAGUAUUUAUUUUGUAAAGUUAUCUAUACAAAAAUGCCAACUAAAAAAAAAAUCUUUUUUUCAGAAUGGGAACUAUUCAUUUGUAAGGAUUCUUAAGGAAUUAUAUGUUUUUGUAUUCAUGUCUGCGAAGCUAACCCUAAUCGAUCAGAGUGACUAUUGCCUCCGGGUGAAUUUAUGAUUCUGAUUUACUAUUAAACUUACUAAUAAAUAAUGACAGCGCAGAGAGAAAGAAUACAGAGCAUCUGCUAUUAUCAAUAGACAGGCUUUGAUGCAAAGCCGAUUAUUUCGAGGACAAAGUGGUCUGGACUAUAUGUUUCAAUAUGGAAAAGCAUGGAAAUAUUGUCUAGAAUGUUGUAUAUCAGGGUUAUAAGACCAAUAACUAUAAUUGUACCCAAACGCUUUAGCUAGCACCAAGGCUUUUGAAUAAAGGAGUUUCUAUAAACAUAAAUAGUCUGGUGAUGUAAACACAUUCAAGUGAUAACAUCAUUCGAUUAUGCUUUUUUAUGUGAUCAAAUAAUUUAAAAGAUAUAUAAAGUAAUGUUUUUUCAAUGGGCAACUUAACAGCGGUUUCCAUGCCAUUUGCACACUUUUUUGUAUGGUUGCUUUACAUCAACACAAAUUGAUGAUGGGCCACUUCUGUCACCUAGCGGUAAAUGCAGGAACAUGCCUUCCAUCAGAAGUGGGAGUGUAAGGAUGAACACAGGUGUGUCUCUUGAUGUUAAUCAUGGCCACUGGCAUACAGACCCUUCAUUGACUUAAUGAGCUCCUGUGAUGAAGGCCUACUGCCGGCAGUAUGGACCACUUCUGCUCACACUAUAGUUCAAUCAAAUGGAAUUCAAGACACGAGAUACCGGACACAAUAUGCUUACCUUAAUUUUCUGCAAACGAUUGCAUGAGGCUAAAAUGCUUAGUUGGCAAAGGAGUGCAAUUAACCUAAAAAAACGAACAUGAUCAUAGUCCAGAUUCUCUUAAAACAUCCAAGUGACCCCAUUGCUUUCGCAGUGAUGUAACCCUACAAAGAGGACACAAGGGUGCCUCCCCAUUCUGAACUGACUUCAUUCUAAUGAACUGUAUAUGUUAAACAUGCUCACUUUAAUGUCCACCAUGUACCCAGGGGUUCAUUAACAGAAUGAUCUCUGGCCUACCCUGAUCUAGCAUGAGAAGGUGCUUCACACAGACUCUGUGAUCAUGUUCUUCAAAUAUAUGCUACUCUAUGUUUAUGACUGAUUCUGUCUGGCAUGAAUGAAUCACUGAAAAUAGUAGAUGCUUUUUAUAAUAUGCAGGCACCAGCUUUCCGGACUCACAGGACCGGAGACAACACUUUGACAAAUGUAUGGAUUUGUCGUUUACUGAAUAAGCACAACCCACAAUGUCAAGACACAAACAUGAGACUAAAGAAACCAUGUGCAUGACGGGGAAAUGGGGUAAUAAUAGAACAAAAGCCGGAGCCCAGCUAUAGCCACAUAACUUGGCAUAAUAAUAAUAAUAAUAAUUCAUUAUAUUUAUAUAGCGCUUUUCAAUGACCCAAAGACGCUUACAGAAGGAGGGGACCUAACUCACCACCACCAGUGUGUAGCACCCACUUGGGUGAUGCACGGCAGCCAAUCUGCGCCAGAACGCUCACCACACACCAGCUUGAGGUGGAGAGUGAGGGAAUUGAUGAGUCAGCCAAUUGUACAGGAGGAUUAUUAGGGGGCCAGAUUGAAUGAGCCUGGUUGUGCCAGGACACCGGGGAAACCCCUACUCUUUGCGAUAAGUGUCCUGGGAUCUUUUAUGACCACAGUGAGGCAUGCUUGCUUCUUGCAUGUCCUGCCUUCCAUCCAUGAAGAAAUGUUAGCCUUGUGAGUAUAUAAUAGCUUAUAUUUCAAUGAAAUCAAAGGAAUGCAUCUUAAUUGUAUAAACUUGUAUGCACCCUAUUUAUUACUCAAUCUGUAGAUUUUAAUAAAGCCAGA